CCCUAUAUCAUAGAAGUUGUAAAACAAGUUGCAGAAGAGGAAAGUGUUUACGAGUACCAGAAAGCAGUUUGUAGUUUAUUAAAUCAGGGAAUUAAUGCUCUGGUGGCCCCUGCUUCAUUAUCAUACUAUUCAAUUCUAUCUGAAUACUCAAGCAAACUACAAUUACCUUUGAUAACACCAGAAGUAUUGGACACCCCAGACGAAUAUUCAAGCAUGUACGCAUUUGGAAUUCAACCGAGCACCAUGAGAGAUGUGCUAAGCUUGAUACGCCAUUAUGGAUGGAAACAAAUAAUUUAUUUGUAUGAUUACGAGUACGGACCGGAAAAGCUUCAACAAAUAUACCGUUUCGGAUAUCGAGUUUGGAAAUGUGAAGUAGUUGGCUUUUCCAAGAUAGAAACAUCAGAAGAUGCAAUUAACUACCUUCGAAAAUUAGAUACAUCAGGGAAAUAUGAAAACUUUCGUGUGAUUCUUGAUAUGGAUGUGAAUCUUGCACGCGACAUCAUUAUACGACACGUGCAUGACAUUCAUGUUCGGAAGAAGAACUUUCACUUCAUGUUAUCUCAACCGACACUAGAAACGUUUUGGGCAUCGGCUCAGUCAGAAUUUGGAGCAGUAAAUAUCACUGGAUUUUUAGGAAUAAAUACUGAGAAAUAUAAUGCAAAACGUUUCAAAGAAGAAUGGAUGCAACUUUCUCCUAAAGCUUGGUUAGGUGCUGGAUCCGCACUAAAUAUUUCAAGUUAUUACUAUCGAGAUAUUGCUCUCACCGUCUUCAAAGCUAUUGAAAAUAUGUACAAAAAGGAGCCCAAUCUUUACCGCGGCGUAUAUAAGACAAAUGAAAAAAUGAACUGCCUUGACAUUUCACAACGUCGCCCUGUUUUUAAUGGUGCAAAGUUAGCAACUUAUAUUAAAGAUGUAGAUGUAAACACAGGAGUUACCGGAAGGAUACAGUUUGACGAUCAAGGGAGCAAGGUUUUGGCUUUUAGAAAAGGUUUUAAUUUUACCGUCAUUGAAACUACAUCAAAUGGCUAUCGUGAGAUUGGGACUUCAACGACGGGACAGUUUAUCUUUUCUGGCGCACCUAUGGCAGACAUCCCGCAGAAAUUACCAUUAACAACGGAUGGUAAUAUUCUGCGAGUAACGACUAAGAUAAGUCCCCCGUACAUGAUGCUUAAAAGUGGAAUAAACGCCAGCAAUGUACUUGGAAAUGAUCGUUUUGAAGGAUAUUGCAAAGACUUGAUGGAAUUAUUGGCUAAAGAGUUGCAAGUGAAGUAUGAAUUGAGACUGGUGGAGGAUGACACUUAUGGUGAAUAUGUUGAGUCCGAUGGCAAGUGGAAUGGCAUAGUAGGAGAUCUUAUUCAAGGGAAAGCAGACCUAGCAGUAGCAGACUUAUUAAUCACUGGAAAGCGGCAGAAAGUAAUAGACUAUACAGAUCCUUUUGACAUGAUUAGUUUUAGUUUAUUGAUGAAAAACCCCCAUGCUAUAAUGUCAAGCUCAUCAAUAUUCUUUAUCUUCAAUGCAUUUUCUUUGAACGUUUGGAUUUGCGUUUUCGUGGCUGCGAUUUUAUUUAGUUUUUUGUUUCACGGGGUUACAAAAUUUACUGGAGCCCCUGACAGUAUUGAAUCGGCAUCCGGCAUUUGGGGAAGAAAGUUGACUGUCGUCUUGAAUGUAUGGUUUGCGUUAGGCAGCUCUACUCUGCAAGGAACUGGAGUCUAUCCCAGAUCAAUAUCAUCACGAAUUUUAACCGGAAUUUGGUGGUUUUUUACUCUGGUACUUUCUUGCUUGUUCAUUGCUUCGAUGACAGCUCAACUUCAAAUGGAUAAUACUGUGGAAUUAAACAGUCCUCAACUUGCCCAGUUGAAAUCGUUGUCUCUAGAGUCGAUCAUGAGGGAAUCACUCGAAAGAGGAUGGCCGAAAAUAGGAAUUGUUUACCCCAGUUAUUCGGCAUAUUUUUUAAAAAAAUCAUCGUUUCCAGUUUUUAGGAAAUAUGCUUCAUUUUUGGAUGAUAAUCCUGAUGUCAAAGUAAGCACGCCAGAAGAAGGUAUUAAAAGAGUAAGGAAGUCUAAUGGUGAUUUUGUGUUUUUCACUGCAUCUCUCAGCAGUGAAUAUGCUGCACGAAGACAGCCCUGUGAUCUCAUAUCUACGCCAAAUGCUGCUUAUUAUUAUACAGGUUACGGGAUUGCAACCAAAAGCCGAUCUCCAUGGAGAGCAAAGGUUAAUACUGCUUUACACACUAUUAAGGUUCGAGGUGAGCUUGGUCAUUUGCAUCGAAAAUGGUGGAUUGACUCCAAUGAAUGCAAAACAUCAACGGUACGAAGCACUAUCCAUGGAAAUUUGAUUUCGUUUUCUGGACUGUUUUGCAUUCUAACAGCUGGCCUUUUGAUUUUGUUAGUGGUUUUUGCAAUACAAUAUUCAAGAAAAACUCAUCACAAGGAGUCGAGAAGGCAACAGCUUUCCUUUGAAGAUAUGAAUCUCGGACAAGCCUUACCCUUACCUCAUCCGGAACUUCUGGCAGAGCCACCUGUAGUGCUACAUCUCCCAGAGUAUGAAAAACGAACUCUUCUAUAAAGCUGAAAAGGAUCUUCUAAAGGGCUUCAAAAGAUGUUAAUUUUUUGUUGCUACUAAAUCGAGCUUUCGUAAAAAAUU